GACGUGCCUGUUUGUUGAGGCUGCGUAUACUAGACGUCACGGUUUCUAUUGCAACGAGUCUUGUUUGUUUUGCUGAAACAAUCUACGCUAUCUGGGGCACGGCAUUUCUUGGUACUCACAAGUCAGACUACUUUCCGACCUACUACCUCGUUGCUGCGGCUUUCUUUUGCAUCUUUUCUGCAGUUUUGACUAUUGUUUGGGUCGGAAUUGUGUAUCUUUGUGCAAUGAUUAUUCGAUCAUCGUACAGAAAUCGGAAUGAACCCGAGUAUGUUGCAUGCCCAUCGCAAUGACUCACUGCAAUCCUCAGAAGAACGUCUUGCAUGUGAGCUUGGGUAUAGUGUAGAUAUGUGUUACAAGUAUACGUGUUGUUUGAGAUUGAUGGCACGUGACAACCUCAAUUUGAAUUGAUUGUAUGGAUGCUGCAUGUCAUAAUAUGCUUGUAGUGCGCAUGUGUUGCUCGUUCAUCAAUUAUCUAUACAUAUAUUCAGACGCUGAACUGUAGAAAAGUGCCGCUAAGAGCCAUGUGCUAUAGAGAUGAAACGUGCUCGCUCAUGCGCGAGAUUGCCGCUCUAUGAGAAAAGCCGCGUUUUAGUUAUAGAUAUAGAAGGAUCGACGCACACACGGCUCCACCACGUGUUCGAAACUCACGUGAUCAAAGUAGUGAUGUUCUGUUGGACCCGUUAGCAAGACAUGGAUGCUGCCACAAAGAGACGUGAAACAUUUCUGUCAAUGUACAGACUUGUUGCUCUAACUUUCUCCACCGUAAAUCUGAUUCUACUUCUUAUUUGGGCUUUCGACGCUGCUGACAUAGUUUUUCUAUCCGUCAUAAUUGGUCUAUCUGCCGUCUCUCUCUCCUAUCUGUUGUGCCUAAUUUUUCUUGCACUUGACAUUCUGUAUCGAGACAGACAUGUUACACGUUCAUGUUUUGCGAGACUACGGAGAGCGGACGUCACGUUUUCUGCUCUGACCUGCCUUCUCUGGUUUGCUGAAACAGUCCUCAUUACGUACACUACUGUUUCACUAUCCAACGACGAUCCAUAUCCAUAUCAUCCAUAUGAAGAUGACGUUAGUGUUGUUGUUGGCGGUAUCAUUUGCGCUUUCUCUGGAUUGUUGACUAUAUCGUGGGGCGUAAUUGUCUAUCUUUGUGCAAAGAUUCUUCGUUCAACUAGAAAUGGAUACGACCAACUAGAUUGACUUGUCGACUUAGUGCUAACUCGUUGCAAGCUUUAUUGCUCAUUCUAGUAUCACGAUCAGUCUUUCACUUUGCGUCUGCCUGUCUAGCCAUCUAUCUAGCUAUCAAGCUAGAGGUGAGCGUUUGUGUAUCUAGGCAGAUAAAGAACAGCUUGCCUGGACGUAUAGCAUCUACUUAUACUACUACAAAUGAUUGCAUUUAUUCUAUAUUUCCACGACAUGUGUUACGUGUAUGUGUGUUUGGAUAUCA